UCAACCGGCGACCCGAUAGCAUCCUUCCAGACCCGAAGCAGGAUCGUUAUUCAACAAUAACAAGCUAGGGCUUUACAUAAGUAUUCUAACUAGUAUAAUCAGCAGACAUUUUAAAGAAACGUUAGGCAAUUUGACUUAAGUAUUUCGGUUGUAGACUAAACGGUGCAUGAAGAGCAGAAAUGGCAACAAUGGCGGACUGUGUUGGUUAUCAAUUGCAGAUAGCUUCGAUAAUGGAGGUGCUAGCCAAUUCGGCGGUGGUCGAAAUCUGCAAAAUUGUUGAUGAUGGUUAUAACUCUCUGCGUUCCCAAAUGGAGCAGGAAAGAGUGCAAAUUGAGAGGGAGAGAGAGCAAACCGAGAAAGAGAAAUAUGUGCUCCGACGAAAAUUACGCGAAAUGGACGUGAAGAUGCGGAGCUAUGAGCGAAGACUCAGAAGACGCGACAUACGGAAUGAAAUGCAUGCAAUUAAUUUUAGACCACAUGAAGUUUCAGUGUCUUCUAUUGCUAUGCCAGUGAGUAAUGACCAGUCCCGAGGGCCCCUGGCUACAAUCGAGGACCAUUCACAAUACCACCACAUGCCUCAGGAAGACAGAACUGCAUUGUCCCUAAUCAAGCAGGAAAGAGUGGACAGCUGCGGCGUGGACCUGAAGGUAGAACAAAACAUCAGCGCAGAGAGUAGACCCACUGUUCCAGAACCCAACGACGAUGACAGCGAGAGACGUCACAUGGCUGACACUCACAGCUCGCCCACUGCAGCCACAGAGGACCCUACUGAGCCACCUAGGACCAGUGGAUCCGACGCCAUCCUCAAGUCAGAGAUGGGGACAGAGGGUGUGAACCAGAGACCCCAGCAGCCAACGGGACCAGAUCUCAGCACAGAGAUACUGAACAGCCCCGGUUUGGAUCUGGCUCUGAUGCAGGAGAGGGUCCUGGGGCAUCUGGGGCUUUCCUUAGCCCAGGCAGCAGCCGCAAACGCAGAGGCCGCCGGGCAUCCAUCUUGCUCCUACCAAACCCAGGCUGACGUGGAGAGCCAGUCCAGACAGUUCCCCGGCAGCGAUAUGGGCGUCUUCGCCCCCUUUGACAUGACAGCUCCUCCUCCUCCUGCACCGCCAGCGAAUCAGAGGCAGCCGCACGGAGCCGCGACGGCGAACGAGCCAAUGGGGUGUAACUUCUGUGGCCGCAUCUUCCACAGCCAGGCGUCCCUGGAGGUGCACCAGCGGGUCCACACGGGACAGCGGCCAUUCAGCUGCCCACACUGCGGCAAGUCGUUCGCGCAGCCCAACAACCUCCGGGUGCACCUGCUAAUCCACAGCGGCGAAAGGCGGUACCGGUGCUCGAUCUGCGGGAAGAGUUUCAUUUCGUCAAGUCACCUUAAGAGACACAGGACCGUUCACACCCAGGAGAAACCCUACAUCUGCUCUCGGUGCGGCCAGUCCUUCACUCAACUCUGCAGCGUCCGGAGACACAGACAGCAGUCACGGUGCGGAGAGCCGCCUCACGCUCAAAACGAACUCUCUGCUUGACUGUAGAAAAGGUGUUGUACAGUAUGUGUGUUAGCUGUAUCUGAAGUGAUUUACACUAGCUAUAGGUUUCCUGCUCAAAACAUUUAGCCUUUUAGUCUCUUGGAUGAUAGGUCCACAGAUAGAAGUUGAGAAAUGUAUGGUGUUAACUCUAAAUUAAUAUUUACCUAAAGAUGACAAUGUGACUUAUGUGACUGUUUAGUACAAUGCAUCCCAUCUUACCUUGGUCAUAAGGCAAGAUGGGGUUGUUGCUGGGAGAGGCUUGUUUUUAGAGUAGAGUAGUACUUUAUUAAUCCCAACUUGGGAAAUGGGUUUUAUCACUCAGCAGCAUCAUCAUCGUCUAAUCAUUGUACCACUAGAAGAAGUCCAGGAGGACCAAGCAGGACAUUACAAAGACCAGUAGAUUGGACUGAGCCCUCAUCUGACAUGGCUGACUUCAUUUUUUUCCACACCUCAAAAUUGGUCUUCCGAUGUGAUUUGAGGAUUGUUCGUUGUUUCUCUAUGAAUAAUUCUAAUAUUGAGUAAAAACCAAACAAAGAAA